AUGGGCUUGGAAAACGAGCUAGACGCAUGGAAAAGUCAUCCUGACAAACAGGAAGAAAAUAGCACCAUAUUAAACGAGCAGGAUUUAUUUAAAAGUGGACCACCAAAGCGUUAUCCCAGUAUAUCUUCAUAUAGCUCAAUUCCGGAUUAUAUACCAAUACCUUCCAGAUUUCGACAACCAUACACGGAUCCCAAGAAAAAGGCUUUAAAGAUACCACCGGCGUACCUUUACAACAAGAGUGAUAUUGUUCCACAUCCCAACGACAGUUUGGAAAAGCUUACACAAAAAGCUUGUCUGAUCUCACAAGCACUUAAUGAAGGAUGGUACCUCGCCCCAUUGGUCUAUAUGCACGGAAACACAAUGUUAGAUAGUAAUACAAGCUAUUCUAGCACUGGGUUGACAUCGGAAGAGCAAGAGCAAGUAAAAAAAUGGAACUCUGGAAUUGCUAUGCCCACGUUCAACAAGGAUGAAGUUGCAAGUGUCACCCAAAAGUCUGUUCUGGAUGAUUCAGCAAGUAAACGCUGCCUGAAAGCUUUACAGUGUCUGUACAAAUCGGAUGAUUUAGACAUGAGACAUCUGGUCUUAUUCAACCGUAAAUACACCAUUUUGCGGCCAUUACUGUCUGCCAUGGUAAAGAUACUUGACAAAGAGGAUAGCUUCAAAAUAAAAUACAGCAAAAUUACAGAUUUGAUAAGUGCAGAAUGCCAAGCGAUGGACCUUCUAGUGCGCAGCUACGAUACCUACAAGCAGCAACUGUGUACACGUAUUCGACAACAGACUAAGGAUCUUGAUUAUGUAAAGAAUAUGAUGAUGAGCCGAAAGUAUAACAUGGGAAUCUUUACUGAAAGGAAGCGAAAGAUGGGAAACAACUACUCUUUACUCGACUAUGAAGAUGAGGACUUUGACUACAUGUCAGAGUUAUACACAAAAGAUACGCCUAUAAAACCCCCCUCGUACAAAGAUUUGGCAGAUACUUCUAGUAGCCUUAGUGUUGGGAAGAUAGCUCGCAACGAAAUACCAUAUGACGAAAUCCUCAAAAAUAAGAAACCAAGAAUUUAG